AUGACUGGAGCGCGAGUGACAGCUGUCUGCGCGUUUUGAGGGCCACUCAGUGAAGAGGGAGCAGCUUUCCCUGUGGCGCUCCAGAGGCCUGGAUGCGCACUGUUGCAAGAGGCUAAGAGGCUGACCGAGGGGAAGGGAAGAACUUUUUUACUGUGGAGCUGUUCAUGGAGACCUCCCAAAGGGGUUUCUUCUGAGUUGGGGGGGAGGUGGGGGAGCUGGUUUUCUUGUUGCGUUCAUUGGGACUCUGUUUUUCCUGCAUCCUAGGUGGUGCCCAGUCAUCAUAGACCGAAUCAACAUUCAUAAAAGGAUUUCAAAAGUUUCCUCUAACUUUCCGAAUCCACCCUUCUUGCAGCACUGUCUGUAGAGAAGGCCAUUAGGGCUAGGGGGUCCCAGGGCAGCCGGGCUUCAUUUUUCACUGCUCUGUAAGAAGCCCGCUGAGGCAAAGUUUCUCCCCCGCCCCCCCCCUUACAGUGCACCAUCAUUUCCUCCAUCGUCCCGGAAAAGUAUGAUCGGCUCUACUACCAGGUUUUAAACUUUGCCAUGAUCGUGUCUUCUGCGCUCAUGAUCUGGAAAGGCCUGAUUGUUCUCACGGGCAGCGAGAGUCCCAUCGUGGUGGUACUCAGUGGCAGUAUGGAGCCGGCCUUCCACAGAGGAGAUCUGCUGUUCCUCACGAAUUUCCGGGAGGACCCCAUCAGAGCUGGUGAAAUAGUUGUUUUUAAGGUUGAAGGAAGAGACAUUCCGAUAGUUCACAGAGUAAUCAAGGUUCAUGAAAAAGAUAAUGGUGACAUCAAGUUUCUGACUAAAGGAGAUAAUAAUGAAGUCGAUGAUAGAGGCUUGUACAAAGAAGGCCAGAACUGGCUGGAGAAGAAGGACGUGGUAGGAAGAGCUCGAGGGUUCUUACCUUAUGUUGGCAUGGUCACCAUCAUAAUGAAUGACUAUCCAAAAUUCAAGUAUGCUCUUUUGGCUGUGAUGGGUGCAUAUGUGUUACUAAAACGUGAAUCCUAACAUGAGAAGCAGUUCCUGGGACCAGACCGAAAUGAGUUCUGUUGAAAAAGAGAAAAGCUAAUAUAUUUGAAAUGUUCCACUUUCUGUAUAAAGAGAAACCAGGUGGGGAUGUUUUUGUCUUAUCUAAAUAAAUGAUUCACCAGUAAA